AUGUCGAAGUCGCUUGUUGUUGUUGUUUCGUUCACAGCUGUUGUGUUACUCCUUGCAUGCAGUGUAUCUGUGAUUACAUGUUUGUAUCCAUCCCAAGUUGUUGAUAUCGAGAAUUGGUAUCUGACCCUUCCAAUUGGUGAUGUUAAAGACCCUACCGACAUUUAUCAACCAACAUUAGCAACCUAUUCCAUUGAUCCAUACUUUGUUGUUGGACCAAAUAAUAAUUCUAUUCGUUUUCGUUCAGUCAUUUUCAAUGAAAGUGUUACAACUGUUGGUUCAAAAUAUCCAAGAUCAGAACUUAGAGAAAUGGACCCAAUCAAUCCAGCCAAAGUCAAGAUUUCAUGGAAUAACACAGUUGGUGUCCAUACCAUGAUUAUUGACCAAGCCAUCACUCACUUGCCAAUCACAAGAGACAGAGUCAUAGCAGGUCAAAUCCACGAUGAUAAUGAAUUCAUCUUUACCAUCACAUUAUCUGGCACAACUCUUUACAUUAAUGCUGCCAAUAAGGCAACUGCUAAGGUCAUUACCAAAACCUAUCAAUUAGGUACAAUCUUUAGACUCAAAAUUGAAGCACUCAAUGGUACUACCAAUUUCUACUAUAAUGACAUGUCCACUCCAAUUUAUACUCAUCCAUUGGUAUUUAAGAAUUCAUACUUUAAGGCAGGUUGUUAUGCUCAAUCAAAUUGUACUGUGGAAGGAUCAUUGUGUGGAGAUUCAAAUAAUUAUGCAGAAGUGUUGAUUUACAAUUUGACUACUACUCAUGAUUAUUCAUCAUCACCAUCGUACGUAAAUAAUUCAUCAUCCUCAUCUAAUGGAACAAUAAUUAAUAAUAAUAAUGGAACAAUUAAUUCCAAUUCAACCAAUAAUAAUGGUACAAUAAUUAAUAAUAAUAAUGGAACCACUCCGAAUAAUAACAACAAUGGUACUAUCAAUAAUAACAAUGGAACAAUCAAUUCAAAUUCUACAAAUAAUUCAACCAAUAAUAACAAUGGAACAAUAAUUAAUAAUGGUACAACUCCCGAUAGUAAUAACAAUAGCACUAAUAAUAAUAAUGGUACAAUUAUUGAUAAUGGAGGCUCAUCCAAUAAUAAUUCAACAAAUACUCCAAAGGCUUCAACUUCUAAUCGGGUUGUUGUGAAUAUGGCUACUAGUUCUUUCAUUCCUCAUCAUUCAUUUGCUAAUAUUCUGCUCCGAUUCAUCCUAAUGCCAAUACUAGUUUCCUACAUUGUCUAUUCGCUGGCUUUCCAUGAUAGUAGCAUCUUUCCCACCAAUUAA